AUGUCUACCAACGGCGCAGGUACCGGCAAGGCUCCCGCCCACCCCGAGUCUUCGCGCCAUGAUGAACGCGGUCUGGUCAAGGUCCAGCCCGCCCGUCUACAGGAUCUGCAGCCAAAAUAUGCCGCUAGAAUUGAGCAUGACGAGGACAACCCCGACGCGCAUGGAUGGUAUUCGCAGUUGAUCCACAGCCUUGGUGAAUGUAUCGGAUUCUGUGGUGCCAUUCCCUGCUGUCUCUGCUGCCCCAACCCCUUCAAGCCUGUCGACCAGGGUCAGGUUGGUCUUGUUUCACGAUUUGGCCGAUUCGAGCGCUCCGUGGAUCCCGGUCUGGUCAAGGUCAACCCGCUCAGUGAACAUCUCACGACUGUCGACGUCAAGAUUCAAAUCGUUGAAGUUCCACGCCAGGUCUGCAUGACCAAGGACAAUGUUACCCUCAACCUCACCUCCGUCAUCUACUACCAAGUUACUUCCCCGCACAAGGCCGCUUUCGGUAUCUCCAACGUGAAGCAGGCGCUCGUGGAGCGCACCCAGACUACUUUGCGCCAUGUGAUCGGAGCCCGUGUCCUCCAGGAUGUGAUUGAGCGCCGCGAGGAAAUUGCCCAGUCCACAUCUGAGAUCAUCGAGGAGGUCGCUGCUGGCUGGGGUGUACAGGUUGAGUCCAUGCUCAUCAAGGAUAUCAUCUUCAGCAAUGACCUGCAAGAUUCACUUUCCAUGGCCGCCCAGUCCAAGCGUAUUGGUGAGAGCAAGGUUAUUGCAGCCCGUGCCGAGGUUGAAUCUGCCAAGUUGAUGCGCCAGGCUGCCGAUAUUCUGUCUUCAGCUCCCGCCAUGCAGAUCCGCUACCUGGAAGCUAUGCAAGCAAUGGCCAAGACUGCCAACAGCAAGGUUAUCUUCCUGCCUGCUGUCAAUCAAACUGCGAAUGCACAAUUGGCCGCCGCCGACAACGCAGGCGAGGGACCUAGCAGCCAUGGACUCCAGCAACAAACCGGCAUUCCUGACGAUGGAUUCCAACGCGCGAUGAAUGCUCGUGUUGUCGAGAACAUCUAA